ACACAAAAAAUUACAGUGACGACGCCAUUUUCGUUUGUUAUACGCAAUAAAUCACACCAGUGCAUAAACCCGUUCGUUUUUCAUCAACCACGAAGAAAAAUUUCAGUUAAAACAAGAUGGCGAGUCGUAAAAAAGUUCUUCUCAAAGUGAUCAUUCUGGGUGAUUCUAGUGUGGGUAAAACAUCCUUGAUGAACCAGUAUGUGAAUCGGAAAUUUUCGAACCAGUACAAGGCGACAAUCGGUGCUGACUUUUUAACGAAGGAGGUUACAGUGGACGAUCGGUCGGUCACCAUGCAGAUUUGGGACACGGCUGGACAGGAGAGGUUUCAGUCGCUCGGAGUGGCGUUUUAUAGGGGGGCGGAUUGCUGCGUGCUGGUGUUCGACGUGACCGCCCCCAACACCUUCAAGUCUCUCGACAGUUGGCGUGACGAAUUCCUCAUCCAGGCGUCGCCCCGCGAGCCCGAGAAUUUCCCCUUCGUCCUCCUAGGCAAUAAAGUCGAUCUCGAGCCCCGCGCCAUCUCGUCGAAAAGGGCGCAACAGUGGUGCCAGAUGAAGAACAAUAUACCUUAUUUCGAGACAUCGGCGAAGGAGGGACUCAACGUCGAGCAGGCUUUCCUGGCGAUCGCGAAAAACGCCCUAGCGCAACAGAAUUCGACCGUCGAUCUAUAUAACGAAUUCCCCGAUCAAAUCAAACUCACCAACACGAAUAAACCGAGCAGUAAUGGAGAUUCUUGCGCAUGUUAGGUUUGAAUUUUUAUUAUUAUUAUAUUAAUAUAUAUAAUGAGGGUUUUGGCGAUUUUUUUUCUGCUCAAUGUGAUAUGAAAAACCUCUACUUUUUUUUUCACUCAAAAUUUCACUUGGAGUAUGAUUUGCAAGUGUAAAUACAGUUGUUGGAGAAAUUUUUUAAAUGCAUUAUUUGCCUUGUAGGUUUUUUAGAUUCCAGCAGUAAUAUCUCGAGUGUUCGAGUUAAGUUUUAUUAUUAAAUUAAGUGUUCUGUGUUGUAGGCUAAUUAUUUAUAGCAAAUAGAAAAUUUAUAUAUAUUUUUUUUAACCAAUUCAAGCGUUUUUCUGUAGUAUAUCAUCAAAUUUGUAUAUUAUAGACGUUAUAAGAUAUAUAAAUAUGUAAUGGUAUAUAUGGGUGUUUUAUUUGAUUGGAAGUGGAAGAAAGGAAAGUGUGCAGAUUGUGUGUAGAAAUUUUAUUUUGUACCAUGUGUGUAUUGUUGGUUGCAUACACGUCCACAAUUUACGAUUUUCAUUAAAGCUCAAAAUAAAGGGCGUCGUUACACACUGGUUUUUAUUUAAACAAUACAAUUUAAGUUAUAUUUUAUAAAAUUGUUUAGUUUCUUAUAAAUUAGACAUUUUUUUUUAUUGGACUUGUCAGGCAACCAAUAAUACACAAUUCACCAUCAUUAAAAUUGUAAUUUUAGAGCAAUGUAAAUUUACUAUUAGUGUUAUACAUUCACAUAAAAGUUAAUAAAAAUUUGAAGCAAUAAUAAA